GUGUUCCGGGCAGUGUACAGAUGCUAGUGCUUGAGGAACUUUAUUCAGGUUUUAGGUUCGGUUCGGUCGGAGAUAACUUCAAAGAUCCGGAGAAGCAGUUCGAAGAAUUGCGGAGUGGGACGGCAGCAGAACCGGAAGAAAGCUGCAUGGCUGCGGCGGUUUCUGCGGUAAGAACUGGAACUGGAUGAAAGCUAAGCUAAUGCUAACAGGCCUGGAGCUUCGAGAGCUGUUGUUAAACACCCUGGUUGGAGUCAGCAAGGAGGGCCGCCUCUCAUCAUGGAGAACGGACAGAUCGCCGCCCCCACCCCUAAGCUGGGCCUGCCUCCGCUCACCCCCAACCAGCAGGAGGCGCUGCAGAAGGCUAAAAAGUAUGCUAUGGAGCAGAGCAUCAAGAGCGUGCUGGUGAAGCAGACACUGGUGCAGCAGCAGCAGCUCACCAGCCUGCAGAUGGCUCCUCUGACCAUGGGUUUAGGAGACGCUCUGUCGCCGCUGCAGUCGGUAGCAGCGCAACGCCAGCGAGCUCUGGCCAUCAUGUGCCGGGUCUACGUGGGCUCCAUCUACUACGAGCUGGGCGAGGAAACCAUCAGGCAGGCCUUCAUCCCCUUUGGACCAAUCAAAAGCAUCGACAUGUCCUGGGACUCGGUCACCAUGAAGCACAAGGGUUUUGCCUUCGUGGAGUAUGAGGUUCCUGAAGCGGCCCAGCUGGCUCUGGAACAGAUGAACUCUGUGGUUCUAGGAGGGAGGAACAUCAAGGUCGGCCGGCCCAGCAACAUCGGCCAGGCUCAGCCGAUCAUUGACCAGCUGGCGGAGGAGGCGCGAGCCUUCAACAGGAUCUACGUGGCGUCCGUCCACCCUGACCUCUCCGACGAGGACAUCAAGAGCGUUUUCGAGGCCUUCGGCAGGAUCAAGUCCUGCAUGCUGGCCCGCGAGCCCACCACCGGGCGCCACAAAAGCUACGGCUUCAUUGAGUACGAUAAGGCUCAGUCGGCCCAGGACGCCGUGGCCUCCAUGAACCUGUUCGACCUGGGGGGGCAGUACCUUAGGGUGGGGAAGGCCGUGACUCCGCCCAUGCCCCUCCUCACCCCCACCACUGCUGGAGGACUUCCUGCGGCUGCCGCCGUGGCUGCUGCUGCUGCCAGCGCCAAGAUCACAGCUCAGGAUCCGGUUGGAGCUUCGCUGCUCGGACCUUUGGCCGGCCCGGCGCUCCUCUCCCAGCAGCUGGGACUCCCGCAGGCCGUCAUGGCCGCCCAGGCGCCAGGAGUCAUCACAGGCGUGACCCCGGCGCGCCCCGGCCUGCCCCAGGUGGGGCUGGUGAACCCGGUUUUGGCUACGCCUCCGUCGGGCACGGAGCCCAGGAGGAAGGAGGCGGAGUCUCAGCUGGAGGUGGCGUCGGAGCCGCUCAGCGAGCAGGAGCACAUGAGCAUCAGCGGCAGCAGCGCUCGCCACAUGGUGAUGAGGAAGCUGCUCCGCAAGCAGGAGUCCACCGUCAUGGUGCUGAGGAACAUGGUGGGCCCCAAAGACAUCGACGACGACCUGGAGGGCGAGGUGACGGAGGAGUGCGGGAAGUUCGGCCAGGUGCGGCGCGUCAUCAUCUACCAGGAGCGGCAGGGCGAGGAGGACGACGCCGACGUCAUCGUCAAGAUCUUCGUGGAGUUCUCGGAGGCGGCGCACCGGAACCGCGCCAUCCAGGCUCUCAACAACCGCUGGUUCGGGGGCCGCAAGGUGGCCGCCGAGGUCUACGACCGGGACCGCUUCGACGCCAGCGACCUGUCGGCGUAGAACCUGCCCGUCUCCAUGGAAACGCUUCUUCUCCCUCAGGUUGUGUCUGACCGAGCCUAGCCGGGACAGGCAGCCUCUCAGAACCGAACGUUCUGCCGAUCCGGACCGGAACUAGCUCCGUCCGGGUCGGGGAACGAAGAGCGAGUGGUUCUGGUUUGGACGGGACUGCUGCGGCUGGGUUCGGACCGGAACCGGCCUCGGUUCUCCUGGACGGACGAUCCUGAAUGUUCCCGACACAAAUUCUCAGAACCGAACAGAACCGGGCCGGGUCCAAAUGAAUAAAUGUUUUCCAGCUGUUUAAA